CAGAUGGACAACCGGACAUUCAGAUACAGCGUCCUCUUGGUGGAGGGAAUUAAAAUUACACCUCAGUCAAUCUAUCCUGCAUUUGUUCUCCUUUUGAUGGCUUAUAUAUUUAUAAUGGUGUCUAACAUUGGGAUUCUAUUACAGAUUGUAAUACAAAAGAGUUUACAUGAGCCCAUGUACCUUCUGUUCUGCAACCUGACAGCCAAUGAUGUGAUGGGGUCCACUCUUUAUGUGCCACGCUUAUUAAAGGACAUUUUAACAGAUCCCUCCGAGCGCUACAUCUCAUACGUGGAGUGUGUUUUUCAAGCAUUUUUAACGCACUUAAAUGGAACCACAUGCCACACUAUUUUAAUGAUCAUGGCUUUUGACAGAUACGUUGCCAUAUGCUAUCCAUUACGAUACCCAGCAAUAAUGACCAGUAAGAUGAUCGUAAAAUUAUCAGUAGGAGCCUGGGGUGUUGCAUUUGUGCUGGUGGGAAUUCUGCUGGGCCUGACUAUACGUCUGUCUCACUGCAGAUCUGUGAUUCAAGCUAUGAUGUGUGACAAUGCUGCACUAUUUAAACUGUCUUGUGAAAAUGUGGUGAUUAAUAAUAUAUAUGGAUUAACUUUCACUGUGGUUUUGUUCACCUCUUCAAUGGGGAGUGUGGUACUAACAUAUCUCAGGAUAGCAAUGGUAUGCAUAAAAAGCAAAAACAAAGCAACGAACAGCAAAGCCAUUAAAACUUGCUCAACUCAUUUGAUUGCCUAUUUAAUUAUGCUGAUCUCUGGACUCAUCGUAGUUGUUUUCCAUCGUUUCCCUGAUCUCACUGAAAGUAGGAAACUAUUUAGUCUAAUGUUCCAUGUUGUACCACCUGGCAUGAAUCCUAUAAUAUAUGGUUUGCAAGCAAAGGAAAUAAGGAAAAAAUUGUUUAAAGUUUUUAGGAAUAAGGUUAAUUCCAAAUGA